AUGCACGGCACCCAUGUUACCCUCCGUAUGCUGCUGCUGCUGCUCCUCCUCUCCGUCCUCUGCGCCGGGUCGGAGGCGCUGACUGGCCACUCUGAGUUGGAGACGGAUGAAGUGGUUCCCGUGGUCCUGUUCAGGGGGGAGGAGGAGGACACCCACCUGUUGCCGGAGCUGGCCCGCCGUCGCCGUGGCCAGCGCUCCCUGGACUCCCCCGGGGCGGCUCAGCCCGGCAAGGACAACCUCAUUCUGUCCUUGCCCGCCUUCGGACGGAGCCUUUUCCUAAACCUGAGGAGGGAUAACACGUUUCUGUCAGACAACUUCGUGAUAGAGGAGAGGGGGAAGGAGAGGAGCGCCACCCUGUCCCACAGCCCGCCGGAGAACCUCUGCUUCUACUCCGGGUGGAUCGUGAACCACACCGACUCCUUCGCCGCACUCAACACCUGCGGCGGCCUGACUGGACUUGUCUAUGCUGGCGAGGAGAGUCUCUUCAUCCAGCCCGUCAGCCAGAGUGACCCAUCUCAGUCCUUCUCCGGGCUCAAACACCGACUGGUCCGACGCAGACGCUCAGCCAAGACAAGUGACGCUGCAGCUCCGGACACCGACCCCCCUCCCUCUGCUGGGGACCAGCCCACGUACUGCGGCACUGUACCAGGGAAGAGGAAGGAGAAGCGGUACAAAAUGGGUGAGGAGGGCCGAGGAAAGAGAAACGCCAUUCGUCUGAAUGAAGUGUUCACUGUGGAGACGUUGGUAGUAGCUGAUGCCGAUAUGGUGCAAUACCACAGUGCCGAGGCAGCGCAGAGGUUCCUGUUGACCGUCAUGAACAUGGUUUAUAACAUGUUCCAGCACCAAAGUCUUGGAUUCAGGAUCAACAUCCGCGUCACUAAGCUGGUGCUGCUUCACAGCCGCCCAGAAAAGCUGAAAGUGGGCCAUCAUGGGGAGAGGUCCCUGGAGAGCUUCUGCCAGUGGCAACAUCAGGAGUUUGGGGCACGAUACCUCGGCAACAACCAUGUGCCCGGAGGAAGGGACGACAUUCCCCCCGUGGACACAGCUGUACUGAUCACCCGGACAGAUUUCUGCGUGCACAAAGAUGAGCCCUGUGAUACUGUAGGUAUUGCUUACCUGGGAGGUAUCUGCAGUGCCAAGAGGAAGUGUGUGCUGGCAGAAGAUAACGGACUGAACUUGGCCUUCACCAUCGCGCAUGAACUGGGACACAACCUGGGGAUGAGCCACGAUGACGACCAUCCCGCCUGCGACGGCCAUGCCCACAUCAUGUCCGGUGAAUGGGUGAAAGGCAGGAACCCCAGUGAUCUCUCCUGGUCCUCCUGCAGCCGUGACGACCUCGAGAAGUUCCUCAGGUCCAAAGCCAGCGCCUGCUUGUUGCACACAGACCCACGGAGCCGCUACCAGGUACAGCUGCCUCCCAAGCUGCCCGGCAUGCAUUACAGCGUUGACGAACAGUGCCAGAUCCUGUUUGGCACCAACGCCACCUUCUGCAACGACAUGGAGCAUCUGAUGUGUGCUGGCCUGUGGUGUUUGGUGGAUGGAGACACAUCCUGCAAGACCAAACUGGAUCCUCCUCUGGAUGGCACAGAGUGUGGCCCGGACAAGUGGUGCAGGGCAGGGGAGUGUGUAAUCAAAACCCCGAUCCCCCAGCAUGUGGAUGGGGACUGGAGCCCGUGGAGCCAGUGGAGCAUGUGCAGCAGAACCUGUGGCACCGGAGCGCAGUUCAGACAGAGGAAAUGUGACAACCCUCCACCUGGUCUUGGUGGUAAACACUGUCAGAAGGCCAGUGUGGAGCACAAGGCCUGUGAGGGCCUUCCCUGCCCCAAGGGGACGCCCAGUUUCAGAGACCUGCAGUGCCUCUCCUUCGACCGACACGCCAGCAAGAAGAAGGCCAGCAUGGUGACAGCUUUCAUCAACGAUGAGAAGCCAUGUGCUUUGUUUUGCAGCCCCGUGGGGCGAGAUAUCCCUGUCCUGGUGGCCGACAGGGUGAUGGAUGGAACACCCUGUGGACCCUAUGAGAGUGAUCUGUGUGUCAACGGCAGGUGUCAGAAAAUUGGCUGCGAUGGCAUCAUCGGCUCUUCAGCCAAGGAAGACCGCUGCGGUGUGUGCAACGGAGACGGACGAUCCUGCAAGAUAGUGAAGGGAGACUUCAACCACACCAGAGGCAUGGUCACCGCUAGGCAGUGUAAGAGGGUUUCUACCUGUGUGAUGGCUAAACCCAGGGCUGUCCCCAAGUGUUUCUCAUGCUACAUCGAGGCGGCCAUCAUCCCUGUGGGGGCCAGGAGAAUCAAAGUAGUGGAGGACAAGCCGUCCCACAGCUUUCUGGCCCUAAAAGACUCAAGCAAGAGGUCCAUCAAUAGCGACUGGAAGAUCGAGCUUCCAGGAGAGUUCCAGCUGGCGGGGACUACUGUGCGUUAUGUGAGGAGGGGACUAUGGGAGAAGAUGUCUGCUAAGGGGCCCACCAAGACACCCCUUCACCUGAUGGUGCUGCUCUUCCAUGACCAGAGCUAUGGCAUCCACUACGAGUACACGGUGUCUCUGAACACAACUCAGGAGAGGAGCAGCGAGGAGCAGAGAGAGCCGGAGCAUCUGUACAUCUGGACACACAGCAGCUGGCAGGACUGUACCGUCCAGUGUGGUGGAGGGGAAAGAAGGACAGUAGUAUCUUGUAUGAGGAUGGCUAAUAAGACCAUGGAACUAGUCAACGACAGCCACUGUCAGCCUGAGAACCGGCCACUACCCCAAGUGCGACCCUGCAACACUCACCCCUGCCAGUACCGGUGGGUGACAGGGGAGUGGGGGUCCUGCUCUGUGACAUGCGGGAGGGGUCUUCAGCAGAGGGAGGUGGUGUGUGUAUACCAGCUCCAAAAUGGCUCCCUCAUUCAUACAAAGGAUCUUUACUGCCAGGGGGGCAAGCCCCCUGUCCUGCAAGCCUGUGAGGGACGUCUCUGCCUUACCAUCUGGGAGGCUUCAGAGUGGUCCAAGUGUUCUUCUGACUGUGGUAAAGGAGUACGCAGACGGACGGUGUCCUGCACCAACCCGAAGGGGAGAUGUGAUCCUCUCUCCCAGCCCGCUCAGGAGGAGCCCUGCGAGGACCACUCCAAAUGCUACGAAUGGAAGACUGGAGACUGGUCCAAGUGCUCCUCAUCAUGUGGGAAGGGGCUGCAGUCCCGGGUGGUCCAGUGUAUGCACAAAGUGACAGGCCGGCAUGGAAACGAAUGCCCGUCUCCGAUGAGGCCCCCCACCUACCGGCCCUGCCACCAGGGCGCCUGUAAUGAAAAGAUCAACGUCAACACCAUCACGUCGCCCAGGCUAGCCGCUCUGACCUACAAGUGCACGGGGGACCAGUGGACCGUGUACUGCCGCGUGAUCCGAGAGAAGAACCUUUGCCAGGACAUGAGAUGGUACCAGCGGUGCUGUGAAACCUGUAGGGACUUUUACGCUAACAAAACACUGCACAAGCGCUAA